CCAUUGUUGUGUCACCUCGUUGAGAGAGAGAGAUAUGGUCCCUCCUUCCCAUUAGAUUCUUCCUUGCGGCCAACCUUUCUCUCUCGUCAUAUGAAGUCUCCGCUCACCACCCCUUCCUCCUCCCAUCAUCUCCUCCCAACUCCGAAGGCCAAGGAGUUUCCUUCGACGCUUCCCCAAAUGGCCGUCCCCUCUGGCCCCGGCGGCCGCUCUGAUCCCGCGGCAGAGCCUGAUCCCUUCGAGUUCUUCUCCUCCUGCUCUCCCGGCUCCCUCCCGCCCAUGUGCGCCGCGACGGACGUCUUCCUCGACGGCAAGAUCGUCCCCUUCGGCGAUCCCCAGCCCAAACGGGCAGACGUCCCUAGCGUCGUCGUCCGCUCGCCGAAGAGUUGCGCCGUCUCCGAUGGCUCCGACCGGCGCAGCCGGUUCUGGGUCAUCGGUGGCAAGAAGCCAGAGUAUCGGAGGCUGAGGAAGGCGUCGAACUGCGACGGAAAUGCGCUCCCGCAGACUCAGGUGGCGAGGCAGCCGCCGGGGUGGUAUCUCUUCGUGCUCGGGUCGUUGCGGGUCCCUGCGAAGACGGACAUGAGCGACAUCAGGAGCCGGCAGAGGCGGCGGAGCGCCGCAGCCGGGGCUUGCGCGAGGUCGGACGGCGACGUGCUCAGGGGCGCAUGGAGGCUGCUGCAGACUCUGAGCUGCACGGCGCUGGAGAGCUCCACCGACGUCAUGCCAACUCUCGAAACCAACGGGAAAGGCAUUAAAUUGGCAGGGGCGGGACGUUGGGCGUCACGAGAAGAAGCACAAAGUAGGUCACGGAUGUAUAUCAAAGCAAGUAAUUAGGUAAUGUUAUCUGUAGGAAUACAAGGGGAGGUUAAUAAAUGUUACGCUUGCAGGUGUGUCUUAAUUCAUUGCUUUAGUAAGCUCCAAGAAGUGGAAGUAAUGAAUGAAUCAGUGUCUCAUUAGUGUUGGGAUUGAAAGACUUU